ACAAGAGAGGCGUUGUGGAGAAGAAGGGUCUGGUAGUCAGACGGAGGGAGGGAGUGAGGGAGCGAGGGAGGGAGGGGGGAGGGAAACGGCAUCACCUGGCCUCUCUCAGUCCUACCAUGGACUGCCUCUGCAUAGUGACCACCAAGAAAUACCGUUAUCAAGAUGAAGAGUCCCCGCCCCCUGAGCACAGCCCCGCCCACAUAACAUCUGGAAAGAGUGGUGAGAUUUUGCAUCUUAGUGACGCAAGCCACGCCCCUACGGAUGGUCUUCAUGGUUACUCAACACAUAUAUCACCUGCAAAGCCUGUCUUACUGCCCAGCAGCCACGCCCCAUACUACGCCACGUCUACUCUAAUGAACGGAUUAAGUGGAGAAGUAGAAUAUGAAGAGAUCACGUUGGAGAGGGGGAAUUCUGGUUUGGGCUUCAGUAUAGCAGGUGGUACUGAUAAUCCACAUGUGGGAGAUGAUCCGAGCAUCUUUAUCACCAAAAUUAUACCAGGAGGUGCAGCAGCUCAGGAUGGACGACUGAGGGUGAAUGACAGUAUCCUGUUUGUUAAUGAUGCUGAUGUGCGUGAGGUCACUCACAGUGAAGCGGUGGAGGUGCUGAAGGAGGCGGGGCCAAUCGUCCGGCUCUACAUCCUCCGCAGGAAACACAUCGAGAUCAAACUCAUCAAGGGCCCCAAAGGUGCACGUGUGUUUGUUUUAGUAAGAAAUUACUGAUGAGUAUUUAAGGAAAUUUGGUCAUAUGCAGCUCUUAUUGGCAGUGUUGUCAACGGCAACUUUCUAUCUCCUGUCAAUCACAAAAGGUGAUGUGAGGAGAUGCAACAUCAGUCAGUCAGUUCAUAUAAAUGUUGUUUAAGUAGUAACGUAAGUAAUGGCACACAUUUAACUUACAGUACACAGAAGAUAUAAAAAUGAAGGAUGAUUGUUGAUAUGAAGACUUGAAGCA